GAAUGAAGGUCGAUUAAUUUACAUAUUUAAAUAAAUAAAAAAUCGGGUCUAAUAACCGAUGGAACCUAACAAGAAAAGGAAAAUUCCGAUACGAACUCUCCAACGGAAAAAUAUAUUGUUUGUGGCCAAUAUUUUUUUUUGGUAAAAAAACCAUUUUAAAAAAAUGGAACAAAAGAAUGUCGCCAAUACGACGUCGUGCUCUAUAAGAGAGGAAUGCUCCCCUAAUACACCCGCACGGCUUCUUGUUCUAGAAGCUUCUUCUCCGGCGAAUCAUUCCGAGCAUCUACAAGACGAAGAAUUUGCUUGUCGUCUUCUUCCACAAAUCGAAACUCACCUCAGUGAUCCAAAAACUCUUCGAUAAUGCUGGCGGUGGUGAUAAUUGUUGAGGUAUUGAGCGAGUACACGGCGGCGCUGGCCAAGAUCGCCGCCGGGAUUCUUCCCCGGCAUUCCGAUCGCCGGAGAUUCGUACGGAUCGGUGGGAUCUCGUUGCCUCUGCCUUCGUCGUCGUCGUCGACGAUUCCUGACCUCUCCUCUCAUUUCGUCGAUUUCUGAUUCGCCGAUUAAGGUUUUGGUCUCUGAUUGGAGGAAGAUGGUCGAGAUUUUUCCAAGCGGUCUCUCUGCCCCACACUCCAUUUCCAAUAUUACCAGAGCCUUUUUUUAAUUCGUUAAAAACCUCGUUUUAAUGAUAUUUUUGUAUCUAUAAUAUGAUAUAUAUAUAUAGAUAAUAUUACUCUUAAUCAUUCAUUGAUCUCGAAAAGAUGAUGUAAACAAGGAAGGAGAAGAAAGCAAUGAACGAUGACGAACGCGCUGUCGCCACCCGCCGGACGCGUUCAGACGCCGUGUGUGAACACGCAAAGACUCCGCGUUUGUUCAUAUGAGCCCGAACUCAAAUCACUAGUAUCUUAAAUAUUAAAUUAAUUUUAUUUAUUCCACUUUUUGUUUUCAA